AUGGUUGAUGACGAAGAUGAAUACAUCCAUUUUGAAGUUAUUGAUGGAUUUGAUGAGAAAUUUGGACCUGCUGUGAUGACAAUUAAGCAACAGCAAGUGGUUUCUGUUGGAGCUGAUGGCGUGGAGAUAUUCAAGCAUGGCCGACUGUGUUGGCUUCAGAUUGCCACCAAAAAACAGGUGUAUCUCUUUGACAUCCUGUUACUUGGUGCGAAGGCCUUUAAAAAUGGUCUGUCCAUGAUUCUUGAGAAUAAGCGCAUACUGAAAGUCAUUCAUGACUGCCGACUUAUUGCUGGAUGUCUGAUGACACAAUUUGGAGUAAAGUUGACUAAUGUCUUUGAUACUCAGGUGGCAGAUGUCUUGUGCUUCCACUCUGAGACAGGAGGUUACCUCCCGCACAGAGUAAGCACUCUUCAAGAGGUGGUGAGUCUCUACCUGAAGGUGCCCUGCUCGCAUCUUACAACUCUCAAGACCAAGUCCCAGCUCACCAAGGAGGACAGUGAAUUGUGGUACACACGUCCAUGUCCCUUACCCAUCUUGAAGGUGAUGGUGCUGUCAGUGAUCCACUUGCAGCCUCUCAGAAUGGUGCUGCUGGAUUCUCUCCUGACUGACUACAUGGCCAUAGUUGACACCUUUCUGUUGAACAGUCUGUACCCGCUUGAUGAUUUGCAGAGGAUCACUCUGGAAAAUAUGUUUGAUUUACCUGCUGAGCUCAUGCAGCUAGAGAAAAUGCGCUGCGAGCGACGGGAGCAUGCCAUCAAACUUUACCCCGUCACAGAUAAAGGCUUACUGGUUCGCUCUAGUCCACAAAGGGAGCCUGAGCCCCAGCCUCAGACCUCAUCUUCAGCGGAGGAACUCACAUGCACAGAGCCAACUGUGGAACCACUGCCGACAGAAGUUGAGAACUCGUCGCUCCCAACUCUGAAUGUGGUCCCUUUAGAAGGAGUUGCGAACACCUUCUCAGAGCCUGUCAGGGAAAUGCCUUUGAGCAAUGCAGGCAGAGGGUUCACAUCACUUCUAAUGGGAGUGAUGGGUCGAGGGAGGGAUUUUGGGAAAGGACAACCAGUAACUAGCACCCACCCACUCCCUGAUUCAGAUGCUAACAGCACAAAUCCCUAA